UUGCAGUUUUGACUAACAAUUAUUUCGGAUAAAUUAAUAGGCCAGUAUUCGGCAUAACAGCGUGUUACCGAGUAAAAUUUAUGAACAUGGGGACGAUUGGAAUAGUUUUCUUCAUAUUUGGUUUGCUGGACGUGAGCUUGUGUCAGUCAGUGCAGCAGCCAUGUGUCCCGUACAUGCUUGAGAACUACACCGUACCCUCAGGAGAACAGCUCUCGUUCACCUGCUUGUGUAACGCUACAUACUGCGACACUUUCCUCACUCCAGUCGCUCCCGAGUACCCUUUGUUUCUCGACGUGACGUCGGACCGUCAACAACACAGAUUUUUUCAAACUGUUGCAGAGUUUCAGGCUGCAGGAUCCCCUGAUGACAGCGAUGACGCUUGGUUUGAUCUGACCGACAUCGAAGCUCAGGCGAUCCUGGGCUUCGGCGGGGCAGUGACAGACUCCGCGGCUUUCAAUGUCUUGUCGCUGAGUCCAGUUACGCAAGACCAACUCCUAAGGGCAUACUAUUCUUCCUCUGGAUUGGAGUACAACCUGAAUCGCAUCAAUAUUGGCGGAUGCGAUUUCUCGAGUCGAGGAUACACCUACGUGGACACGGAGGGGGAUGUCGCGCUCGAAACCUUUGCCUUGCAGCCCGAAGACUUGGAGCAGAAGAUCCCUGUCAUCCACCGAAUCAAUGCCAUGUCUGAUGAAGAAGUCCUCACCUUUGCGGCCGCCUGGUCGGCUCCAGGAUGGAUGAAGACCAACGGCGACCUCGUCGGGUACGGUCAACUGCUGGAGACAAUGUACCAACCUUGGGCUGAAUAUCAUGUCAAAUUUCUGGAUGCUUACGCUGCGCAAAACGUCUCCAUAUGGGGAAUUUCCACUCAAAAUGAGCCAACUGACGGAAAUAUUCCUGGAUUUUCUUUCAAUUGUAUGGGUUGGACGCCUGAAACUCAACGGAAAUUCCUAGUAGAGAAUUUCGGACCUGCAUUGGAGCAGCAUGGCUACGACAGUCUGAAAGUGAUGGUGUUCGACGACCAGCGGCCGUAUUUACCUGAAUGGGUUUCUCACAUUUUAGAAGACCCUGAAGCCUUUGCUUACGCUGAUGGCAUCGCCGUUCAUUGGUACAUCGAUUACGUGUCAGAUAACAUUCUGAACCUCACCCACCAUCUCUAUCCGGACAAAUUCAUCCUAGCCACAGAAGCUUGCGAAGGAUCCAACCCUGGUCAAGAAGCAGUUAUCCUUGGUUCGUGGCACCGAUUGGAAACCUAUGCUGCUGACAUCAUUGAGGACUUGGAAAAUUGGGUAAUAGGAUGGGUGGACUGGAACAUCGCCCUCGACCUUGAAGGGGGACCAAACUGGAGUUACAACUUUGUGGAUUCACCCAUAAUCGUCGAUGCAGCAGCCGAUGAGUUCUACAAGAACCCGAUGUACUACGCGAUGGGCCAUUUCUCGAAGUUCAUCCGUCGGGGAGCAGUGCAUCUCCAGCUUAAUUCUGUGCGGGACGGCGGCCUCCGGACCACAGCCUUCAGAAACCCUGACGGUUCCGUCGCCAUCGUUAUCCUUAAUAGACAAGACGUUGCUGCAAACGUUACGAUCACGGCAGAGCCUCGAGGAGCAUUGCGGGUCACGGCUGGAGCAAAAUCUUUGAAAACACUCCUCUUCAAAUAAAACUUCAGUUGUGUGCUAUGAGC